AUGUCAAGUAAUGAGAGAUACAACUACUUUUCGAUGUUUACUCCAGAGGGUAAAGUUUUGCCAAUUGAAAGUGUGAUUAGAUCUACUGAACAUGGUGGUGUUUGUGUGGCUUUGCGUAAUAAGACAUCUGGUCUAAUUAUUGCCCAAAAGAUGGGUAAACAGGAUAAAUUUACUGAGGGUAAGUCUAAAGUCAAACAAUUGGAUGAGUAUUUGGUUUAUACUUAUUCGGGUAUAACUAAUGAUGGGGUGCAAUUUGGGGAGAGAUUGAAGCGGAAAUUACAGAAGGAGAAGCACCGGACGGGAACGGUCUUAAGUAUUGCUCAGUUGGUGGAGGAGCAGCAAUUUCAUAAUGGUUUGGAAGUAAUGCGGUAUGGGAAUAGGGCUCCGGGAGUUUCAGUGAUUAUUUUAGGGGUGGAGAAGUCGGAGUUGGUUCUAAUGGAGAUGACGCCGACUGGUGAAACUAUUCCUUCUUUUGGGUGCUGUAUUGGUGCUCGGGCUCAAUCGGCUCGGACUAUACUGGAUAGUCAAGGUGACCGGAUUUUAGGAAUGUCUGACAGUGAGUUGUUGGAGCUGGGAAUGUCUGCUUUUAGGAAUGCCAUCAAUAAUCCUGAGGUUUUAUCUGGUGAGCAUUAUGAUAUUGUACAAGUUAGUUUGAGCACGGGUGUGUGUUUUCAAAGUCCUAGUAGUUCUUCGCCAUCUGGUUAG